AUGACGUCAUUUGAGAUGGAGGCCCUCAUAACUUGUGACAAGGAUGGGAGUGUUCGGUUGCUACCUGGUUACAAGUUUGAUCCCACUGAUGAGGUUCUUGUGAAUUUCUACCUGAAGAGGAGGGCCUUCGCUCAACCUCUUCCUGUUCAAAUAAUCCCAAAUUUCAAUGUGUUUCAGACAGAGCCAUGGGGGUUACCUGGAGGAGAUGGAAAUAUUUUCAACGAAAGGAAGUGCUUCUUCUACAACACUAUGGGUCGUGACCUAGAAAGCCUUGACAUAAGAAUUGCAGGGAGUGGUCAAUGGAAGGUUGUGGAGAAAGGAAAAUGCAUUCCUAUCCGUCAAAACAAUGAGAUAUCAAAUUGGGUUGUGUAUCGCAUAUUUCUUGAGAAGGAUGCACAGAAGGUGAAGAGUGCAAGAGGGCCUAAUGGGAAGAGCUCUAGCAAUGGCGAAAAUGCCUGA